GUUCUCAGUCUCGAGGAAGACGAUUCUCACGGGUGGUUCCGUGUUGUCUGUCCUCUGCACUAUCACACUGGACCCCAGUGCCGGGAUGGCACCUGUGUGGUGGAACAGAACGGAAAGCUUUCCUGCCUCUACUCACCCUGUGGCGACUGCCCCUCGGGAGCCACCUGCAAGUCAGUGCCCGAUGAAUUCAACAAGAACAAGCCCAUUCCUUACUGCGCAUGCCCUCAAGGCUAUGGGAUCACCCGACCAAGUGUGUCAAGGGUGGCACUCCCACCGUCGCUUCAACCAGCUUCACACUCAUCGCAGAUCGACAUGCCCUGGGCGAAGCGUCGCAGCCCUAUUCGUUUCGCCCCAACCUGA